GAAGAGUGACCGGUCAAUGGCAGAGCCAAUGAACUUCAGAAACAGAGACGGGUGUGGUGAUGUGAGAAUGAUGGAGGGAAAGAGAUCAGACUCACCACGACCCAGCUGUGUGUCCAUGAAGAGUGACCGGUCAAUGGCAGAGCCAAUGAACUUCAGAAACAGAGACGGGUGUGGUGAUGUGAGAAUGAUGGAGGGAAAGAGAUCAGACUCACCACGACCCAGCUGUGUGUCCAUGAAGAGUGACCGGUCAAUGGCAGAGCCAAUGAACUUCAGAAACAGAGACAGCAGUGCUGAUGUGAGACCACAAAAGAAGAAAUCAAACCUCAGCAGCAAUCAGCUGGAGUCCAUAUUCAAGGAGCUGGAACACAAAGUCAUCAGUGUGAUAAUGACGGAGCUGAAGAGGUUUAAGGAGCUCCUGAGUCCAGAUUCCCCAGCAUGCUCUGAGAGGGAGGUGAAGGAUGAGGAGGGUCAGAGCAGCGUCAGAGAGGGAGUGCUGAAGCUCACACUGCACUUCCUGAAGAACAUGAACCACACAGAUCUCGCUCACACACUGCGCAACAAGUCUGUGGCCCCUGUGUGUCAGAAAAAACUGAAAUCCAACCUGAGAGAGAAGUUUAAAAGAAUUAAUGAAGGAAUCUCACAGCAUGGAAGCUCAGCUCUUCUGAAUGAGAUCUACACAGAGCUCUACAUCACAGAGGGUUGGAGUGGAGACGUCAAUAAAGAACAUGAGGUGAGACAGAUUGAGAUGGUGUCCAGGAGACCAGCAACACAGGAGACACCCAUCAAAUGUAAGGAUCUCUUUAAAGACACGUCCAUCAGAAGUGUGCUGACUAAAGGAGUUGCUGGAAUUGGAAAAACAAUCUCUGUGCAGAAGUUCAUUCUGGACUGGACUGAAGGAGAAGCAAAUCAGGAUUUCACCUUCAUGUUCCCACUUCCCUUUAGAGAGCUGAAUCUGAUGAAGGAGAGAAAGCUCAGUCUGAUGAAGCUUCUUCAUCACUUUUUCCCAGAAAUGAAAGAAUUACGAUUAAUAGACUGUGAUAUUAACAAAGUGCUGUUGGUCUUUGAUGGUCUGGAUGAGUGUCGACUUCCUCUAAAUUUCCAGAACAAUGAGAGAUUGUGUGAUGUGAUGGAGUCGGCCUCAGUGGAUGUGCUGCUGACAAACCUCAUCAAGGGGAAUCUGCUUCCCUCUGCUCUCCUCUGGAUAACCACUCGACCAGGAGCAGCCGAUCAGAUCCCUCCUGAGUGUGUAGGCCAGGUAACAGAGGUACGAGGGUUCAGUGAUCCUCAGAAAGAGGAGUACUUCAGGAAGAGGAUCAGUGAUCAGAGCCUGGCCAAUAAAAUCAUCACACACAUGAAGUUUUCAAGAAGUCUCUACAUCAUGUGCCACAUCCCAGUCUUCUGCUGGAUCUCAGCCACUGUUUUCGAGAGAAUGUUGGGUGAAGCAGAGAGUGGAGAGAUCCCCAAGACUCUGACUCAAAUGUUCACACACUUCCUGAUCUUUCAGAUUAAACACAAGGAGCAAAAGUACCAUCAGAAAUGUGAGCCUGAUCCUCAGCAGACCAGAGAGAGUAUCCUGGCACUGGGAAAACUGGCUUUCCAACAGCUGGAGAAAGGAAACCUGAUCUUCUAUGAGGAAGACCUGAUAGAGUGUGGCAUUGAUGUGAGAGAAGUGCCAGUGUACUCAGGAGUGUGCACCCAAAUCUUCAGAGAGGAGUUUGGGCUUCACCUGGGGAAGGUCUUCAGCUUUGUACAUCUGAGUGUUCAGGAGUUUCUGGCUGCUUUAUAUGCGUUUUUCUGCUUCAUCAGCAGAAAUGUAGCAGAACAACAAACCACUGAUCUGUCUGAUCUUUUCAAAAAGUCAAACAUGUCUGAUUUCCUCCGGAGUGCAGUGGACAAGGCCUUACAGAGCGAGAAUGGACACCUGGACCUGUUCCUCCGCUUCCUUCUGGGUCUCUCACUGGAGUCCAAUCAGACUCUCUUACGAGGCUUAAUCCCCCAGACAGGAAGUAACUCUCGCAGCAAACAGGAAACAGUUGAGUUCAUCAAGGAGAAGAUCAGGAAGAAUCCAUCUCCAGAGAAAUCCAUCAAUCUGUUCCACUGUUUGAAUGAACUGAAUGAUCAUUCUCUCAUGCAGGAAGUACAACAUUAUGUGAAUAGUGGAGAUUCCAGGCAUCUCAGAGGAACCAGACUCUCUCCUGCUCAGUGGUCAGCUCUGGUGUUUGUGUUACUGACCUCAGAACAGGAGCUGGAUGAGUUUAAUUUGAGUAAAUAUGACCCAUCAGAGGAAUGUCUUCUGAAGAUGCUGCCAGUGGUCAAAGUCUCCAGAAAAGCUGAUCUGUGUGGGUGUAAACUGACCGAGGAAAGCUGUAGAGCUCUGUCCUCAGUUCUCAGCUCAAACUCCUCCAGACUGAGAGAACUGGACCUGAGUUACAAUUAUAACCUGCAGGAUUCAGGAGUGAAGCUGCUUUCUGCUGGACUGGAGAAUCCACACUGUACACUGGAGAUACUGAGGAUGUGUAACUGCAGGAUUACAGAUGAAGGUUGUGCUGCUCUGGCUUCAGCUCUGAGGUCAAAUCCCUCAUUACACCUGAGAGAACUGGAUCUGAGUGGGAAUAAUCCAGGAGAAUCAGGAGUGAAUCUGCUCUCUGAUCUACUGAAGGAUCCACACUGUACACUGGAGACACUACAUCUGUGUUGGUGUAAUCUGACAGAGGAAAGCUGUAGAGUUCUGUCCUCAGUUCUCAGCUCAAACUCCUCCAGACUGAGAGAACUGAACCUGACUGUCAAUAACCUGCAGAAUUCAGGAAUGAAGCUGCUCUCUGCUGGACUGGAGAAUCCACACUGUACACUGGAGAUACUGAGUCUGAGUGCGUGUAAACUGACAGAGGAAAGCUGUAGAGUUCUGUCCUCAGUUCUCAGCUCAAACUCCUCCAGACUGAAAGAACUGGACCUGAGUUACAAUUAUAACCUGCAGGAUUCAGGAGUGAAGCUGCUCUCUGAUGGACUGGAGAAUCCACACUGUACACUGGAGAUACUGAGGAUGUGUAACUGCAGUAUUACGGAUGAAGGUUGUGCUGCUCUGGCUUCAGCUCUGAGGUCAAAUCCCUCAUCACACCUGAGAGUACUGGAUCUGAGCCUCAACAAUCCAGGAGAAUCAGGAGUGAAGCUGCUCUCUGAUCUAAUCUCAGACCCUCACCAUACUUUAAACAAAAUACAUCUGGACACAGGCUCAGACACGCGCUUUCAGGCUUCUACCAGAAAAUAUUCCUGUUAUCUGACUCUGGAUCCAAACACAGCACAUCCUGAACUCAUUCUGUCUGAGAAGAACAGAGCGGUGACACGCAGUGGGACACAACAGAGAUACUCUGAUCAUCCAGAGAGAUUUGACUGCUGGCCUCAAGUGUUGUGUAAGGAGAGUGUGUGUGGACGCUGUUACUGGGAGGUGGAGUGGAGGGGUGCUGUGUUCAUAUCAGUCUCAUAUAAAGAGAUCAGCAGGAAAGGACGGGGUUAUGAGAGUGUGUUUGGAUUGAACAGUCAGUCCUGGGGUCUGGUGUGUUUUUCUUCCUCUGUCUGUUUCCAAAACAACCGCACUCGGACUUAUAAAGUUCUAUUAUCCCCCAGAAUAGGAGUGUAUGUGGAUCACAGUGCAGGAACUCUGUCCUUCUACAGCGUCUCUGACACGAUGAGGCUCCUCUACAGAUCCCACACCACAUUCACUCAGCCUCUAUACACUGGGGUCGGGCUUGCUCCUGACUCAUCUGUGAGGUUUUGUGAUCCGAUGAAAAAUGAAAUGUUGGGAAAACUUGUGUUUAGUACAACUAUAACUGUGGUGUCAAAUUGAAUUCAUCCCUGAAAUACAAAGACACUUUUGUGUGCAGAAACUGUGGCACUAAUGAAUUAUUUUCAAAGUGCAUCUGUUUUAUAGAUUAAUCAUGAAUAAGUUUGUUACGUUCCCCGCGGCAACUAGGGGAUGGAUGGGGGGGAGCAACAAAGAUAAACCAGAAAAACCCGGGAGGAAAAAGAGAACAAGGAAGCGGACUCAAGGCAAAAAUGGAAACCGUUUUUAUUCACAAAGUAGCAGAAAAACAGCUAAAAGCACUGGUCUCCAAACAAAGAAAAAACAAACAAGAUUUUCCAGGUUUUCUCACCAAAACUACAAUAAACAAACCACAACCAAACAGUUCCGGGAUUACGCACGCGCCUUUUCCCUUAAAGGAGCAGCGCACACUCGCUAGACGUAGCUCACAUCUCUCUCUCUCUCUCUCCCCCCCCCCCCAACUGUCACCGCCACAGCCCACCGGCUCACACACCUCUCGAAAGGCGUCUCCCUCUCACUUUUAAAUAUGGCCCCUUAAUGAGGUGAGUGGAAACAGCUGCGUAUAAGAGGAAGGGGCGUCCACCUGAGAGAGAAAAGAAAACACACACACGACCCCUGGCACCAGGGUCGGAACAAAGUUCCAUAAAUAAAUGUCUUAAUGCAGAAUGUAAGAUAUUUCUAGAAAAAAAUGUUAUCAGACUAUUUUAAAUGUAUGCACUAUUAUGAGAUUUAUUACACUGAUAUGAAAGUUUAGAACAUAGGUGGCCAACCCGCGGCUCGCGAGCCGCAUGCGGCUCUUUGCCUGGUGUCAUGCGGCUCUCACCUUCACGUCCAAGUUGGUGUUCGUUUGUGGUUUUAUGUGCGUUUUCGCUUCACUGCAGUUAAUUACGGUUAUUUUAUUAAAGGUGCUUCGCUUGGUUUCAUUACGGUAUUUUCACAUCAUGACAAAUGCGCAGGUGCGUGAGAUGAUGUGCUAAAUUUCAGAUCUCAAAAUGGCAGGAAAAAAUGCACUUCAAAAAGAAAAUAUGAAGAUGAAAACAGGACGUUUUAACAGAGUGGGAGGAUUUAUAUUUUUUCGUUGAACGUUAUGGCAAGCUAUUCUGCCUUCUAUGUCAGUCGUCAUUGUCGCAUUUCAAGGCUUCAAAUCUUCAGCGUCACUUCAGCUCACUACAUGCUAAAAUCGACCAGGACUUUCCGAAAGCAGGGAUGUGAUUUUUCCACGAAUUCGCGGAAUUCCGCUUUUUUCACCUCAAAACUUGAAGAAAAAUUUUUUUCCGAUUUUUCCCUCAUCCACAUUCGUAUCCUAUUCGUUCUGACUUUGUUUGAAAGAUGGCAGCCUCGGAUUUGCAUCUUUACGCCUCGAUCACGGAGGCUGCCAUCUUUCAACUCUUUGUUUGAA